AUGACCGUUCUCGAAGCUGUCCUCGGUCCGGGGGCGGCGCGAGUCACCGACGUGUCUGUGGACGCAGAGUCGUCGUACCAAACGGUGCAGGUUGGCGAGUCCCCCGUGGCGGCAUCAAGUGGGUGGGCCCCAAAGAUGCUGGCGGAGGCGGCGGCGGGACUCGGGACGUCGACCAUGUCCAUCUUGUCGGCAGUGAGUGACGGAGCUACAGGCGACAACGGAGGCGCCUUAGGGUUAGCGGAGACCAGCGCACGCUGCAUCUUCGUGAACGAUCCCGACGCGAACGCAGCGCAGAAGUUCUGCAACAACAAGGUGGUCACAGCCAAGUACACCAAGCUCAACUUCAUCCCGCGGUUCUUCUACGGACGGCUCUCGCAGGUGGCCAACUUCUACUUCUUGCUGGUCGGCGCGGGCCAGAUCAUCCCCGAGAUCUCGUCGACACAGACGAUUCCGUACCAGUGGAUUGUGCUCAUGCUCGUGCUGACGAUCGACGCGGUGUUCGCAGCUAUCGAGGACCGCGGCCGACACAUUGCCGACGCGAAAAUGAACGCGAGGGUCUCGCACAUCUUCGAUCUGGACAUGCCGGACUGCUUCCGCGACGAUACGUGGCGGAAUGUCGCGGUCGGAGACAUCAUCAAGGUGGAGAACUACGAGUCGAUUCCAGCCGACGUCCUCUUGUUGGCCGUUUCCGAGCCGGAUCCGAAUGCCCCUACUGGCAUUUGCUUCGUCGAGACGAAGUCGCUGGAUGGCGAGACGAACCUCAAGGUGCGGCAGGCAUUGAGCUGUACGUUUUCACAGCUCAGUGACCCACGCGCGCUCGCUCAGCUUCCUGGUCGAGUGAUCUGCGAGAAGCCCAACCACGACGUCAACAAUUUUGCCGGGCGAUUUGAGCCGCAGAGCGGACACGCCAUCCCGAUCGACCUCAAGAACGUGGCUUUGCGAGGCUGUGUGAUUCGCAACACCCCGUUCAUCCAUGGUUUGGUCUUGAACACAGGUAGCGACACCAAGAUCAUGCAGGCUGGAUCGCACACUCCCCCGACCAAGAUCAGCAAGAUCUUGGCCAUCGUGAACCGCGGCAAUGCGCUGCUUAUGGCGAUUCUGGCGUCGUUGUGCGUCUUGGGAGCAGUGCUGUGUGCGUUCUGGGUAGCCGAGAACCUCGAAGGCGCGACGUACUUGCAUCUCGAAAACCUCAGCGGUGUUGCGCCAUUCCGCAAUGACGUUGUCGGAGUCCUGAUCUAUCUGGGGUACUACUGGAUCCUCAUCGCGUCGUUCGUCCCCAUUACGCUGUACGUCACCAUCGCGAUUGUCAAGACCUACCAGACGUUCUUCUUGAAUCGGGAUCUCGCCAUGUACGACGAGGUGACCGACACGCCAGCUCUGGUGCGGAACUCUGAUCUCAAUGAUGAUCUUGGUCAGGUCACGCACAUUUUCAGCGACAAGACCGGCACGCUGACUGCGAACGAGAUGGACUUCCGCAAGAUGAGCAUCCACGGCGUGUCGUACGGACGUGGCACGACUGAAAUCGGUCGAGAAGCUACGCGCCGACUUGGUAAGGAUUUAUCAGCUAGUGACGUGCUGGCGGACAGCACACCCAUCCUGGUGAAGACGGAGAACGUCAACUUCUUGGACCCAGCGGGGGAUCUGGAGCGAGAUAGCGACGCUCGUCUGAAUCCGGAACAAGCUGCUCGUAUUCACGACUUCUUCGUGCACCUCGCAGUUUGUCACUCGGUUGUUCGAGAAACUUUGUCGGGGAACGACACGGGCACCGGUUUCUCCGCUUCAUCACCUGAUGAGCUCGCGCUGGUAUCUGGCGCCAACUACUUCGGCUACUCGUUCCAAGCUCGUCGCAACGGUGAAGUGGCGAUCUCAGUUCCUGGCAAGCGUGAGGAAGUGGUCUAUGAGCUCCUGGAGAUGGUCGACUUCACCAGCACGCGCAAGCGCAUGUCAGUCGUGGUGCGCACCCCUGACAAGCGCAUCUUGUUGCUGACCAAAGGUGCGGACUCAGUUAUCUUUCCUCGACUGGCGCCGUCAUCGGACCCGGCAAUGGUGGAGACGACACUUACCCACCUUGAGCGGUAUGCGACUGAGGGUCUGCGCACACUAGUGAUCGCUCAAAAGGAGCUCUCCCCGGACGCGUACACCGAGUGGUCUUGCGAGUACGACGCAGCAUUGGGAGAUCUUGAGCAAAUGGCGCGCCAGAAGCGUGGCGAACCGAAUCGUAUCGAGGAGCUUGAGGAAGUGUUGGAGCAAGGAUUGGAGCUCUUGGGCGCGACAGCGAUCGAGGACCGACUACAGGACCAAGUGACGUCCACGCUGGGAGACCUCUCUCGGGCUGGUAUCAAGAUCUGGGUGCUUACAGGCGACAAGGAGGAAACGGCAGUAAACAUCGGCUUUGCAUGCCAGCUCCUCAAUAACGACAUGGAGCGAAUCAUGAUCAACUCGGAGACAACACCGUCGGCCUCGGAUCUCUACGACAUGCUGCUGGCUCGCUGCGUUGAGGCGCGUAAGCGCUUGGAGCGACAAGCAAAGGGGGCAAAGGAGGAGACUCAACCCCAAGCGAUCGUGAUUGACGGUCGGAGCUUGACGAUGGUGUUCAGCAACAACGUGCUGUCCGAGCUCUUCCUUGAGGUGUCCCAGCAGUGCGUGUCCGUCAUCUGCUGCCGUGUUUCUCCGAAGCAGAAAGCUCAGGUGGUUCGGCUCUUCAAGACCAACUUGCACGGCUGCCGUUCGCUUGCCAUCGGUGAUGGCGCCAACGACGUUGCCAUGAUCCAGGAAGCUCACAUCGGCGUUGGCAUUUCGGGUCACGAGGGCAUGCAGGCAGUGAACGCGAGUGACUUCGCCAUUGCUCAGUUCCGGUUCCUGAAGCGGCUGCUACUUGUCCAUGGUCACUGGAACUAUCGACGCAUGGCCAAGCUCGCGCUGUACGUGGUGUACAAGAACAUCUUGCUGUUCGGAACCGAGUUCGUGCUGGCAGUACUUCCUCAGUGCGGGUCCUCAGGCACGCUUUUCUUUAACAAUAUGUGGAUCAACGGCUACAACGUCUUCUGGUCUUCGAUGCCCAUCGGUAUCGUGGCCAUCAUGGAGCAAGAAGUCCCAGCGCGCAUUGCCGAGCAGUUUCCCGGACUCUACCAUGUCGGAGCGCAGGGUGAGCUCUUCAGUCUGCGCAUCUUCGCGCAAUGGGUGGCUGAAGCUCUGUACGAGUGCGUUGUCUGCGGGUUGGUGCCGGCCAUGAUCAUUGGCGGACCUGUAGAUUCGACGGGCAAUGGUUUCUCGCGUGACCUGUGCGGUGCCAUCGCGUACUGCUGCCUGAUCAGUGUUGUGUGGGUCAAGCUCGCGCUCAACAUGGUCACGUGGAAUGCCAUCACCGCGUUCGCCUUCAUCGCCUCCAUCGUCUUCUGGUACAUUUCGGGCUACGUCAUUGCUGCGUCGUUCCCGACAUCCGUAGCGGACACCGCCUUCCCGCACAUCUUCGUGUUGCCCGAGUUCUACCUGGCGAUCUUGUUGUCUCUUCUCCUGUGUCUUGGACGCGACUUUCUCUACAAGGCGUACAAACGCGAGAUGCACCCGGAGUACUAUCACAUCCUCCAGGAGUUCCACCGACGUGGAAGUCAGAACCCGGACAAAGCUCGCUGGACGCCGCCGGAGCUGCGUUACGAGCGCUUCCAAGCUGACCUGAACGAGGAGAAACCGCGCUUCGACCUGCCUGAACAGCAAGCGCUGCCGAACCGUAAACCAUCUCAAGCAGACCAGAAGGUGUACACCGGUUUCGCCUUCUCGACGCAAGUUCUUGAGGACCGGUUCCUGAAUCCUUUGCGCGAAAUGGUGCUCCCUGUGAGCCAAGUUGCAAACGCCAUUGGUCGGGUGCUGUCGCCGAGCGGAAGUCCCACGAGUCGCAACAAUCCAGACAGCCCAACACGCCGCGAAGCCACGGAGGAGCCCAAGACAUUUGAAGAGAAGAUCCUUGCUCUGCCGAUUGAGGAGCAGGCUGUUUACGAGAUCCAGCGAUACCAAGUCUUCACCGGGUGGGGAUCGCUUCGGCCUGGGCAUCUUCUCAUCACGGACCCACCCAAGUUCACGAACGCUCUGAUGACCGACGGUGCCGGCGCUUUCGAUCUCGAUCACUGGGUCGUGGACCCGAGCUUCGGUGGCUCCGAUCAGUGGCAGUACGCCACCAGGUUCAAAGACUUCCUGCGUGCUCAACAGAAAUUGCAGCAACAGGAUACGCAGGAGAGUGGGCCACCAGAGCUGCAGACCCACGCCAGCGGCCUCGACCCAGACCUGCAGGAGCGACGGCGUAUCAAGAAGAAGCUCAACCGACUCGUGGGCCGCAGCGUGCGCCGUCGCCGCUGGGUUCGCAAGGAGAAACUGCUCGCCGAGGCUAUAGAGCGCGCCAACAUCGCGUUGGCAGCACCAGAUCCGACCACUCCGCCUCAUUCUCCGGUUCCUUCUCAAUAA